AUGGAUUCCACUCAAGAGGUAGACAUCAUCAUAAUAGGAGCAGGCCUCUCAGGCAUCUCUGCCCUGACUCGUAUUCGACAACAGCUGCCAAACUCCAGCGUCGCCGUGUUCGAAAGGGGAGAUCAUGUGGGGGGCACCUGGGCCAAGAACACGUAUCCAGGUCUAAGCUGCGAUAUACCGUCUCAGCUAACUGACAAAGAUAAUGGGCAACUCUACUCGUAUUCAUUUGCUCUGAACCCAGAGUGGUCAGACGUGUACGCCUCCCAGCCCGAGAUUCUCGCCUACACUGAGAGCGUGGUGUCUCGUUUUGAUCACUCCAGUCAUAUUCAUCUGAACCAAGAGUGCACGGCGGCAGAGUGGUUAGAUGACGAGUUCCUCUGGCGGGUCCAUUUCGUCGAGCGGAAGUCAGCCCGCAGCUACGUCAAGCAUGCGAGGUUUCUCAUCACAGCCGUCGGCUUCUGCAAUGCGCCAAACGGUGCAGAAGGCAUCCGGGACAUUCAGAAUUUUGGGGGUCGGAUGUUUCACAGCGCUAACUGGGACCACUCGUUCGACUUUCGGGAUAAGAAUGUGCUUGUGGUUGGCAAUGGAUGCUCGGCCAACCAGUUCGUUCCCUAUCUCGUCAAGCACGCGUCAAUUCGGAGCAUGGUGCAGGUCAUGAAAAGCCCGCAUUGGAUUGCCCCAAAGGACAAUGGCCCAGUGCCCGCGUGGCAGAAGUGGCUGUUCCACUCCUUUCCAGCGUCGAACCGACUGUGGAGAUUCUGGCUAGCUGCGAAGCUCGACUUGGUUUUCACUGCGUUCACGAUCAGCACUAUGGGAAAGAUGUUCCGCAAGGUCCUGCAGAAGCAGCUCGAGGGCUACAUCCAGCGCACUGCGCCUUCGGAGUAUCACGACAUUCUGAUCCCGGAUUUCGAUUUUGGAGCUAAGCGACCGGUUUUGGACCACGGCUACCUCAGCAGUCUCCAUGACCCGAGAGUGAAGCUCCUGCGAUCGCCAUCGCUGGCGGUUGUCGGGACGCUCGAGAUCCAGGCUGAGAAUGGCGAGAUCUUCCAGGCUGACGUGAUCAUCCUUGCGAACGGCUUCAAGACUCAGGAGCUCCUAACUCCUAUGACAAUCACGGGACAAUAUGGGGCAGAACUCCCCAAGCUUUGGCGUCAGGAAGGGAAUUUUGCGUCAGCCUAUAUGGGCGUCUGUGUGCCGGAGUUCCCAAAUCUCUUCCUCCUCACGGGGCCAAACACCCUCCCGUCGGGCCACUCAACCCUCGUGGGUAUUGAGUGCUCGGUGGAGUACAUCCUCCGAGUAAUCGCCCGCAUCGUAAGGGAAUCCACGGCGACGAAAGGAGUGAAGCUCCAGGUUCGGCCAAGCGCGCACCAGUCCUUCAACGAUUGGAUCCAGACAAGGAUGCAGGGCCUCGUAUACACGGCGAACGUGCGAACCUGGUACAUUGACGGCCGUUCUGGACGGAACACACUCAUCUGGCCCGGGACGCAGUUGGAAUUCUGGUGGUUAAGUAGAGACAAGGAGCCAGGAAGAUAA